AUGAUCAGUUACUCUGGUGUCGGCUUCUACACAGACGAGCAAGGACAAACUGCCCGAUGUACCCAUGGAGAAUCCCUCCUUGGAGUUCACUCCGAAUCUACAAAGGAGAACGACCCUCCAGCCUACGAAAAGAAUGAAGAUCGAAUCUCAGCGAUCAACUAUUAUCAGAUCGUUGCUAUUAUAGGAAAUGUAGGAACGCCUCCGACACCUGAAACUUACCUGUGGGCUGUCGAUCUUUAUGACAGGAGCAGUAUGAAACCUGAUCUGUAUGGAAUACUGCGUUCGAAUCGCAGAGAAGUGUACAAAGCCGACACGGACGGUGAGCAAAUGUUGGCCCUCAUCGAAGGGUCCGAGGUCAAGUCUCAAGCGGAAGGGAAGGCCUUAAUGGCCAAGCACGACGGCAUUUGCAACUGGGCACGGAGUGUAAUCGGAGUAACACUGAAGCAUGUGCCGCGCACAAUGGUCUCAUUUAGGGACUCGGCGUGGCGACGCUGUAUCAAGCAGUACAUGAAAACCGCAUAUGGAAGGGCAUUUUACAACUAUACACUCAGAAAGGCCAUUAUAAAUGCGAAGCUGGACAUCAUCCGGGCGUCUGAAUUCGAACAAUUCCACGACUUUAAAACAGUGAUCUUUGGGGAGAACUGUCCUAUAGUUUAG